AUUUAAGUUAUAAGUAUGGGUAGUAGUCGGCGAUGACACUCGGUUUCUGAGUGGUUGUUGCACCGGACAGGCGACCGCACCGCCAUGAGAGUAGCCGCCAUAUCGAUCGUUUUGGCCGCGUGCGUUUGGCUGACGGCGGGAGAUGUCGCGCACUUGAAAGCAGCGAAGGCCAAGCUGGUAGGCCGGUUGGCGGGGAAACAUCACAAGAGAGGAAUCUUCUCGGCCGUGCCUCCCUUCAAACUUGGACACGAUAUUCCGCACGUGACUCAUUCGCUGGUGAAACCUUUGGUUGUGACUUAUCCUCCAACCGCCACUGUCGCUGCUGUAAAGGUUCCGUUAUCUCCGCCCCUCGGUCCGCGAUAUCCCGUUUCUGUGGGACACAAAGUUCCGCUUUCUCACUCUCAUUUUGGGCAUAAGUUUCACCAUCAAACCAAAACUGUAUUAGUCCCGAAACCAGAUCAUCAUUUUCAUCACCAUCAUCAUCAUGUUGAACCCAAACCGGUAGUGCCGGUGUUGCCAGCCCCACCUGUGGUGCAUGCCACUCCCAUAGUGCCGGUAGCUCAACCCACUGGAGUACAUGUGGCGCACCCUGUACCGGCUCCUUCCCCACCAGUUGUAGUGCAAUCUGUACCAGAACCUGUCGUCCAUGCUCAACCGAUUCCUCUUGCUCCACCCCCUCUCCACUUUUUGCGUCCGCAGCACGUUCCUUUAAGACCAUUAGUACCAAUUGCUCCAAUUCAACCGGCAAACGCUAUAACAGCGCCGUCGUUCCCGCUGGCUCAUCAAUUCCCCUAUGUCCUACGUCCGGGAAAUGCUGUACAGACAUCUUACUUUGCGACGUACCCUAGACAUCCUUUAUUGAAUUAUCAAGGACCUAUUUUGCCAUUUUCCCCAGCUACGGCCUUAUCUUCAGUUGCACCAUCAUAUGACCAAGUUUUCUUAAACAGGCCUCAAGUAUUGCUACAGCAAGAUGGUGGUCAUGAAGGUGUGUUUGAACAUCAUCAUCCUUCCGUUGUGGUAGAGCCAACGCCAACACUCCUUCACCCGACUCAGGGUGCUUUGCCUCAGCCGGCCAUUCACUUGCAGCCUGCCCAGCCUACUGUGCAUUUGCAACCCGCCCAGCCUACAGUGCACUUGCAGCCCGCGCAACCCACUGUGCACUUGCAACCCGCGCAACCUACUGUUCAUUUGCAACCUGCUCAGCCCACCAUACAUCUACAGCCGACGCAACCUGCUGUAACAAUCGAUCAUAACGGCUGGUCGCCAGUGCCGGCACAACCCCACGACCUCACUCCUGUGCAACAGCCCGAAGGACAUUUCCCACUCGACACUCAUCACUUUACCCAAGAGCAAGGGACGCAAGUGUACGAGCAUCACACCGGGAACGACCAGCAGUUCCACGACCAACAAUUCCACGACCAGCAAUUCCAUGAUCAGCAAUUCCAUGAUCAACAGUUGCACGACCAGCAAUACCAUGAUUAUCAACAUCAACUACAGCACCAUAUCCAGCAGCAAAUCGAUCAGGCUCAGUACGAGCAGCACUUGAAUAACCAGCACCAGCUGAAUCAGGAGUACGGAGCGCCCCAACAGGAGUACGGCCAGCCGAACCAUGAUUUUUCUCAGCAGAAUCAGGAUUUCGCGCAGCACGCUCAUGAGUACGCACAACAUGUGCAGGAACAUGCGCAGCACGCGCAAGAUUAUGCACAGACGAAUGAGUACAACCUGCAGCAGCAGCAGCCCGCCCAGGAGUACGGCGCGCCGCAGCAGCUGGAAGGUCGCAGUGCCGAGGGCGAGGGUGAAGGUGAGCCGCAGCGCUUCCACAAUCACAUCCCGUUGGGACUGCAGCCGCCGAUCGACCGACCGCUGGAGCACUUCCGGUAGUGAGCAGGCCAACAUGGUGCGUCACCAGUUGACGUCAGUAGCGUUGUCUGGCUACCUCGUCAAAAAAUGUGAUAUAAAGCAUUCUUAGAAUCGGAGGAGCAGUUUUGUUGAUAACUCUAUUUUCAAAAUUUUGAUGCAUUGCUCCAGUCUUAAUUUUUCGUAC